GGCCCUGCCUUGUCAUUGUGACACCCUUUUUAUCCACCCACUUACAAUUUACUUGGCUCAGGUCAGUUGACAUGGACGACCAGAGUGCCUUGUUUGAACCACCACCCCCUCCUGAUGAAGUAGCAGUAGGUGAAUCUCAGGAGUCUCUCCGAGAUGUUGUGGAAAGAAUGAGGUCAGAGGUUGAAACACAAGCCAAGCACGAGGCAGAGAGGACCCAGAUCUCAAUACCAUGGCAGUCCUUCAAUCCGAGGUGCACCAUUUGGCUGCGUAUGUAGCCGCCCAGCACCUUGAGGAGCGUUUUGAGGGCCUGCGCUAUGAGGUCUCCACUGAGCUCCACUACCUGCGCAGUCUCCUGUCCCACUCUCCCUGCUCCUCUCCCACUCUCCAAGCCUCCUGCUCCAGCACUCACCCCUCAGACAUCCAGAGGCAGGCUGCCAUCAACCACAUCUCUCAGGAACUCUACCACAGUCGAAGAGUCCUGUGGGAGCAGAUUGCUGAGCUAAGGGAGGAAGUCCACAACAUUCAGGGCCUGCUUAAAAAACAAAGAGAUGAAACUAUGCGCAGAUUGACAGAAAAAUACUGCAAAGAUAUGUGCUUGGAGAGGAUGAUUGACAGCUGUCAGAUGAAGGACGACACUCUCAGACUGCAGAGGCCUCAGGACAUGCUCAGGUCAAAUGCAAGGUCCGAUGUUUCUGAGUUACAGAAUAAGCUUCAGACUAUAACAAUAUCGAAAGGCAAGGCUCCCAAGAAAAUGGGUAUGAUAUCUGAUUAUACAUCAAGAAUGGGACGCCGAAAAUCAAAGAGGAAGCCACCUCCCAAAAAGAAACUGACGGGUAACUUGGACACCCAAUUUACCUGUCCCUUUUGUAACCACGAGAAGUCCUGUGACGUCAAAAUGGAACGCACUCGAAACACAGGAAUAAUAUCAUGCACCGUCUGCUUGGAAGAAUUCCAGACUCCCAUUACUUAUCUUUCAGAACCAGUGGAUGUUUACAGUGAUUGGAUAGAUGCCUGUGAAGCAGCCAAUCAGUAGCAGUGGUCCCCAUGACUCUAAUCCCUGUCUGACCUCACCCCUCAUUCCCUAUGAUGGGUCACAUAUCUCUGGCUGGGCCAGGGCUUUGUCAAGUAGUGAAUGUGGAGAACAAAAGAUCACGGAUAACACAUCUGUGAAAUCUUCAGUGUCUACACACUAACGGAUUUGAUAUGAAGAAAGAUACACUCCCUGUCCUCCCUUUCUGUGACAGGGUGGGAUGGGGGUAGGGCAAUGAAAUGUCCCAAUGGUCCUGAUCUUUGAGAAUUCCACUAAGUUUCAACCCACCUCAUCAUUUGUUAUGUUUUACAGGCAAGCCUGUUGGUAGAUAUCUUUAGACUUUCCCAAGCUGCCAUGUCCCCCUUUAGUGGAGAAAGUAGAUUUCAUUUAUAAAAAUUAAAAAAAGGUGUGAUCCUGUAGUUUUUUGUUUGUUUAUGUCAUGAUUUUUAUUUCAUUUUUUUUGUACGGGAAUUACUUGAUCAAUAAACACAACAAUGUAAUUCA